AUGGCGAUGGCCGCGCGGCCGCGAACGCCCUCGCAGGAUGCAUACAUGAUCCCGCAACCCAACGACCCGGGGGCUUUGAGUCGCGGAUACGGCCCGCGCUCUAACCUCUCCCGACCGAGCUCCUUCGCCGGGAGCACUUCGUACAAUUACGGCUCGGGCGCUCUCGACCCGCAGAUCCACAACCCCCGAUUCAGGGAGGACUUCGACGCCGCCAGCCACCGCGGCUCCGUCUACGACGCUCCCGUGGGGGUUCAGCGGUCGGCCUCCACCAUGUCCCAUGUGCGAUCCCAGACCCCGACUCGGGCGGGCACCCUCCGAAAGAAGGCUUCUCUGAGCAAAAAGGGGAGUUUGCGCCGGAAUGGAAGUCGCAGGAGCAUGCGCGCGGGCAGCGUGCGGAGCCUCAGUCUGGGCGAUCGCGAAAAGUACCACACUGAGGGGUCGGAUGAUGUAAAUAGUGCUUUCAUGCUUCCGAUCCCUACGACUGGGAACCCGACCGAGGUGCUGGCGAACCGUUUUGGAGCGUGGCGCAAGGUUCUAAAGGACCUGAUUCUGUUCUUCAAGGAGGUUCAGAAGUCUUACGAAACUAGAGCGAAGCUAUUCAUGUCCGCCUCGAACGUUGUCAACAAUCAGACCCUCCCACCGGCGUUCCUUCAAUCUGGUGGUCUGGCCGAUGCGACGGAGAUCCUCCGAGAUUUCCACCGACAGGGCUACACAGAGGCUAACAAGGCCAUCGAGGUGGAAGUAGAGGUGAUCAGUCAAUUGACUGGUCUCCGGAGUGAUCUGCAGAAAAAGACCAAGGAGAUCAAAAGCCUUUCCGGUGACUUCAAGAACACCGUGGACAAGGAAAUCGAUGGCACACGCAAGUCCGUGCGCAACCUACAUGAGGCUCUUGGCCUGGUUGAUACCGAUCCUUCUGCGACAUCAGGCAAAGGUGACCCGUUCAUCAUGCGUCUGAACGUGGAGAAGCAGGUCGAGAAGCAGAUCGAGGAGGAGAACUACUUGCAUCGGGCAUACUUGAAUCUGGAGAACUCUGGUCGCGAACUGGAGGGGAUUGUUGUGAGCGAGAUCCAAAAGGCAUACAAUGCCUACGCCAGUAUACUUCGGCGCGAGGCGAACGAGGCUCUCGAUACCGUUGACAAGCUGCAAGCCGGCCCGAUCUCCAUGCCUCAGGACCACGAGUGGAAUUCGUUCGUUGCCGAGACGGACGAGCUCGUCGAUCCCCGAAUCCCCCUUCGGAAUGUGGAGAACAUCACCUACCCUGGUAAGGAUCAUCCGGCUGCUGCCGAGGUCAGGGCUGGAAUGCUGGAGCGCAAGAGCAAGUAUCUCAAGAGUUAUACCCCUGGAUGGUAUGUUCUGUCGCCGACGCAUCUUCACGAGUUCAAGUCGGCCGAUCGUGUGGCAUCGCAGACACCAGUCAUGUCACUCUACCUGCCAGAGCAAAAGCUCGGCUCUCACUCCCAAGAAGACUCCAGCUCGCACAAGUUCAUGCUGAAGGGUCGACAGACUGGUGCGAUGCACCGGGGCCACUCGUGGAUCUUCCGCGCCGAGUCACACGAGACCAUGAUGUCAUGGUUCGAAGAUAUUGAAGGUCUUAUCAGCACGACAGGAGAAGCGCGAAACGCAUUCGUGCGCAAACAUGUCCGCAGUGUGAGCGGCAGGUCCACGAAUAGCGAGGUGAUGGAGGAUGAUGAAGCCGAUCGCACACCCUACUCGGCGGGCUCAGUGGUCCUCUCACAAGACCGACCCACGUCUUCGCGCCAGGCCGGGGGUGCUUUUCCCAGCGAUGUCCAAAUCGACCGUCACCUCCAAGCACCCCUGUCCCCGUCUAGUGGUGACAGCUCCGCCGGAAGAGGAGACAUGCUAGCCGCUGCUGGCUCCUUCCCCGAUGGCUCAAGUCCCUUCAAUGACAACUCCGCGCAAGCAGCCCGUCGUGAAGCCGAUAACGACUCAUACAACGCUUAUCAGUCUGGCGAAGGUACCGGGACCGUCCGUAGGUCUUCGCGUCCCAGAGUGACGCAACAUGAUAGCUACUACGGCGACUGGAUGGGCCCUGCUGCCAUUGUCGCGAGACAAAAGCAGUCCCAACAGCUGGAACCCACGGAUGAUCGUGAGGUUCGAUCUGAUGGCGACCAAGCUUCUCUUGCCGCAAUCACGGGUGUCGGUCUUGCCGAUCGCCGCGAUCAGUCGGCUCCUCCCCAGGUGGCUCGUCGGGAGAGUGUCUCAACUGCACCUACCAAUACCAACGUGACAGAAUAUACGAACCACACCAAUGCGACCUCGUUGGAUGAUACCAUGGAACAUCCCAAAAUCCUUACCCCCGGUGCUCAAAUUGGAUCCGGCGCUGAGACAUCGGUCCCUCUGGAGCUCCGCCCCAAGAAAGACAGCAUAGCCGCCCUGGAUAUGAAAAUCCCCGGCCGUUACCCCCCUACCAAUGUGGCGGCAUAA